GCCUUUUGCCCAGCCGACCAAUUGAUUACUGCUUCCCUCGCAGGCCGAAGGCGCAAUAACCAGAACUCCAACUGGGAGCUUCUCUCCACGCCACGGUCGACAAGGUAAACGAAAUGGCUCCAGCGGUGGACGAGUCACACCCGGUCAAGAAGGGACCGAGUGCCCUGCGGUCCAUCAUCGCCGGCUCCACAGCGGGAGCAAUUGAGAUUGCCAUUACCUAUCCUGCCGAGUUCGCCAAGACCAGGACCCAGCUCAACCGCAGGUUAGCCGCGGGGCAGAAGCUCCCCUGGCCGCCGUUUGGCAAGCAGUGGUACGCCGGGUGCACGACGUUGAUAAUCGGGAACUCUCUGAAAGCCGGAAUCCGUUUCGUCGCCUUCGAUCAGUACAAGGCCAUGCUCGUCGACGCGGAGGGGAAACUCUCUGGUCCGCGGACUGUGCUCGCGGGCUUCGGCGCGGGCGUUACCGAGUCCUUGCUCGCAGUCACGCCUACUGAGAGUAUCAAGACGACGCUGAUCGAUGAUCGCAAAUCGGCCAAACCACGGCUGCGCGGGUUCCUGCACGCGGUGCCGAUAAUCGCGCGCGAGCGAGGCAUCCGGGGCUUCUUCCAGGGGUUCGUGCCGACGACGGCGCGGCAGGCGGCCAAUAGCGCGACGCGGUUCGGGUCGUACACGUUCCUCAAGCAGCUGGCCGAGUCGUACACGGCGCCCGGCGAGAAGCUGGGCGCCGUGGGCACGUUCGCCAUGGGCGGGCUGGCGGGGCUGAUCACCGUCUACGUGACGCAGCCGCUCGACACCAUCAAGACGCGCAUGCAGAGCAUCGAGGCGCGCGCCGUCUACGGGAACUCGUUCCGCUGCGCGUCUCUCAUCUUCAAGCAGGAGGGCCUGCUGACCUUCUGGAGCGGCGCCCUGCCCCGGCUCGUGAGGCUGGUGCUCAGCGGCGGGAUCGUGUUUACCAUGUAUGAGAAGAGCAUAGACGUCAUGGACAGGAUGGAUCCCGAAGGGAAAUACAUAUGAAGUCUUUCCAGAGCUGACUCCUCCUUCUGGCGAUUUCGUUUCUGCGGAGGUAGUUGUUUUCCAAAUGGGUUGCAUAAUACCCCCCCGGCUUGUCUGGGUAGAGAAAAAGUAGAAAUGUACACCAGCAAUACAUAGUUAGGUUUUUAAUGCUGCAUCCGAUCCUUGUAUCCUGUAUCCCAA